AUGGAAAGAAUUCUGCAGCGCUAUGAGCUAUAUAGUGGCCCAGAAAGAGAGCUCGUGGUACCAGAUCCAGAGUUACAGGUAAGAUUUCCAUGCCGUAUCCAUCAAUAGUUGAAGAGGUCAAACAUUAAAUCCACCAUUCAGCUCAGACGGCGCUCUUCUAGAAGGCUCUCAAAAACAUUGUCCCAAAGAUUGCUGAAUUUCUUAUGGUUCUUUGAUUGCUGUGUAGGGAAGUUGGUGCUUUGAAUCUAACCAGUUAAAGGCCAAGGUAGAAGCUUUACAGAAAGCCCAGAGGUAUUCAGAUCAAAAGCAUAAGAUAGCUACUUAAUGAUCAUGCUAAUACUUGGCGUAUGAUGCUCAUAAAGACGGGUGUUUGACAGGCACUUUAUGGGAGAAGAUCUUGAGAGCUUGAACAUCAAAGAGCUCCAACAUCUGGAGCAGCUGGUGGAAGUUGGAUUGAACCAGGUGAUAACAAGGAAGGUAUGCUCCUUCGCUCAUCCUCUACAGUUAAACAAAUGCUUCUGUCGAUUUCGAGCAGAUUAGUUGAGACCUCAAAGGGAUCUGUGCUUUGCGCCGUGCUUGCUUAUCCAUAUGAGAGAUAGAUAGAGAGAGAGAGAUGGAAGAGGGGGAGAGAGAGAGAGAGAGAGAGAGAGAGAGAGAGGGGGGGGGGGGGGGCAGUAGCAUCUUUCAAAAGUGUAAGUGCACCAGACUUUCUUCAUAACUUUGGGCCUUCACAUGACCCUUUCAUGUUGUCUUUUCCUACAGAGCCAUCUGCAAUUCGAUUCCAUCUCCGACAUUCAAAGAAAGGUGCGCCCAGAUCUUACUCACAUUAGAGGAAAGCUAUCUCUGCGCCAUGAAGUGAUCCAGCGUCAUCACAUUUUUAAUUUGGUUCAAUCUAAUUAGCAUACUUCUUGAGUGAACAAUGCGACGAACCCAAUUAAUCCUCCCCCCUCUAAACUCUCUCCGAAACAGGUGGUGGCACUCCAAGAGGAGAACAACAUGAUGUGGGUCACGGUAAGUCGCUCCCCCCAGCUCCCCCCUCAAACAAAAAAUAGAGAAAGAGAAAAGAAAAAGACACGGUGAUUUCUUACCCAGAUGCUCAUUCUAUUCUCCAACCGUGCGCAGCUCAAAGAGAAAGAGCAGGCGGCCCUCUCUCUCUCUCACCACCACUCGCUCUGGGAUCAUCCGCAGCACCAGCCGCUCUACCAGAGCGCCACCAGCACCUCCUCCUCCCCGCCGUCGUUUACCGUCACCGACUCUCCCCCCACCGCGCUCAACAUCGGGUACACCCCCACCAACUACCUUCAUAUUAUCAAAACCCUCCCAACUUAUACUAGUUAGAACAUUUAUAAUACAUGACUUCAUUUCUGUUUAUAUCCUUUAUCACAUCUCUCUCUCUCUCUCUCUCUCUAGUGAGAGAUUUAACCGUCUGCUGUGACGCAGGUUCUUGCAGCCGACCGUCGAGGAGCCGGCGCUGCCGCCGGCGACAAAGCUGCCGGCGUGGAUGCUCAGCCACAAGAACGGGUAG